AACAUAUAGGCGGAAGUUAAGAUUUAGCGCCAAAUGUUGAUUGUUGAAGAAAGAUUGAACAUGGAGGUUCGCAGAGUGAAGACGAAAGUAUCUGCUGGAUUCAAGAUGCGGGGACUUAUGCUUCGACCGUACGCUAUCAUUUGUCAAUCAUGUUGUUCUCGACAUGAAAUUUUGUUUACAAUAAAUGUAAUGGCUGCAUUGCUAGUUAGUAGCUAAAUCUGUCUCUUGUGUCAGUGUCACCAAGAAAGAAGCUAGGAGGCUAAGGUUAGCUUAGUUACAGUACAUUACAUGGACAGCAAGCUAGACAAUUUAGUAGCAUUCUAUGCAUAUUUAAGCCAUUACAUCUAUAGAAACUAAUGAACAUGGUGUAUGUUUUUAUAGGAAUGAUGGGAUUGAUGUCUGGCAGUCAGGGGUAUCCUACAAAGCAGGAUCAAUGAGUUAGCCAGCUAACUUUGAUAAACAACCAGAAAUAACAGUUGAUUUGAAAGCUAGCUAAACAUAGAUAUGUGUUUUUGGUUGAGUCAAUUAGAGCAUGCCCAUUUUAAAGCAUAUCUUUCUGAAAACUAAAAAGUUAUUUCAGAAUAUUCAGGCAAGUUAGCUGGCUAACUCCUUGAUCCUGCUUUGUAGUAUACCCCAUCAGAUGUGUACGUUAUGUUGUUGUUGUCCUCCAGUGAAGCCAGCAGGUACCUGGUGGAGGUGUUGGAGUCUGUCAGUGAGCUUGAACUGGAGGAUGUCAUCGAGAGGGUCAUGGACGCUGUGGAGAAGCAGCCAUGUACGUCUUCUUUGAUCAUAACCAACUACUAAAAUCAUGUACAAAACGCAAUACAGUCCAGUUGUUUUUGAAUUGUUGUGUUGACUAUGCUUGUGAAUAAUGUAAAUGAUGUAGCUACUCCUCUCUUCUCCUGGACAGUGUCCUCCAGUAUGAUUGAGCUGGCUGUGAUGGAGACUGCUGUGCAGGACUGCAGCCAGUCAUGUGAUGAAACCAUGUAAGUUGAGAAAGGUGUCAGUCUCACAAUAACCAAUUUCAUACACAUUCUCUAGAUAGUAAUCCUCAUAUAUUUUACUUAUUCAUGUGAACUAUUUGAUUAUUUUCAGAGAUAAUGUCUUCAACAUAAUUGGUGCUUUUGAUGUGCCAAGAUAUAUCUACAGCGCAGAGAGGAAGAAGUUUGUACCGUAAGUAUGAAUGUAUAAUCCUAACUUCCUGAUGUUUUACUGUUUGUUUACUUGUUUAAUUACUUGUAUGUGCUGUGUACAUAAUUCAGCUUUUAGCUGCCAAGUACUGCCAACAUGUAAGGUAAUAAUACUACUACUACAUUAUGUGGCUGAGCGAUGAGGAGAAACUUAAAGGUUUUUUUGUCCAUUGUGUAUUUCCGUUUGGGGAAUAUUUAGAUAAAGCCUGGAAUAAGAAAAAGGACUACCUAUAAUUAAAUUAUAAAGAUAUUUAGCUUCUAUGUGGUAAAUGGCACGUGUGUAUAUAUAUUGUGUAUAGGCUUGCCUCCCACAUUAAUCUUCUCUUGGUGUCAGACUGGGUUCAAAUGCCUUCUGUUUAGUUUUCCUGUAUUUAUUUAUCUGUAUGUAUGUAUGUAUGUAUGUAUACAGUGGAUAUGUAUAUAUAUAUUUUACUGCUCUAGGGAUAUAAUUAUUGUUUGGAUAACCUUAUUUACUAUUAUGUAUAGAUUUGUAUCUUUAAUUUUUUCACUCUUUGUGCGAUACGCACUGCAGAGAACUCCGGAAGAAGAAUGAUCACAGUCAAUUAUUGUAAUGUUUUUUUUUUGUGUGUCUAUUAUUCCCAUAAGGGAUGGGUUGCCAACUGGUGAUUUGACAUGAAAAUACAAUUUAAUUCAUUCAUUCACUACUAUAGGUUGACCCCAUCUAGUCUACAUGGUCCAAAUGUUAUACCAGAAUCCACCAUAUGAAGACAUCGAUCAGUGAAACUGUUGUUGUGUUCUCCCCCCCAGCCUCAACAUGACCACCCACUCUGCCCCAAGUCUCUGUGGCUCAGCCAGGGACAAGGCCGAGCUCUUCAGGGAACGCUACACACUCCUACAGCAGGUUAAUAGGCUACAUUUUUUUUGCCCUCUGAAUCCAUUCUAGUCUGCUGGUCUUUGUAUAUUUUGGCCUUAAAGCAGCUAUCCAGGGUUUCCUAAAUGUAAUUACAGUAUGAGUGAAAAAGUUUUCAUUCUACAUUUUAAAAAUUAAGUAUGUUAAAAAGCAGCUUUCCUGUGUUGGAAUGGUGUGGGCGUAUACCGGUUAUUAAAAAUGUUCACGAGAGCAGACCGCUGGUUGGCCAGCUCAUGGUCCUCUGUAGCUCAGCUGGUAGAGCACGGCGCUUGUAACGCCAAGGUAGUGGGUUCGAUCCCCGGGACCACCCAUACACAAAAAAAUGUAUGCACGCAUGACUGUAAGUCGCUUUGGAUAAAAGCAUCAGCUAAAUGGCUUAUUAUUAUUAUUAUUAUUAUUAUUGUCUUCCUCAGGAGGAUGACAUCAUCCUUUAUGAGGAAAUAGCAAGCAUUUUUGAAACAGUCUGUUUAAGAUAGUUUGAGGUGGGGUAUUUUAAGUGUUUUUUUUCUUUUUUCUCCAAUUUAUGCUUUGGCCACAUACGAGUAUAGGAUGAGUCAACAAGAUUAUUUGGGUAUAGGUUAACAGAAUAUGAACUUUGAAAAGUAACAUUUCCACUGGACAGUUACUUUAAAAAAAAGUGUAUUUCUUGAGACGCUGCUCUCUGUGAGGUCGUUGUAAAGAGAAUGUGUUCCCAAUCCACUUGAUAAAUUAAAGUUAAAUCAGUGAAGAUUACAUGUGUACCCUGAUCCACAUUGACAGUUACUCUGUUUCUGUAGCGUACACAUCGGCAUGAACUCUUCACCCCACCUGUAAUAGGGGCCGCUGCAGAAGAAGGCAGAAACAAAUUUCAGGUAAUAACUCUGUUAUAACCUAAAACACACUUAAAUGUGUUUUAAUCGAUUUUAUAUAAGCUAAGAGGACGUUUUCCAGACUUCCUCCUCUCAUGUUGAACAUUGAGUGUCCUGAUCUUGAUCUGUUCGUGUUUUCAGCUCAAGACUGUUGAAGCUCUCUUAGGGAGUACGGCUAAGCUAGGAGAUGUCAUUGUCUUGGGGAUGGUCACACAGCUUAAAGAGGUGAGCAGCUAAAUUCAUGUUAAGGACUUUUAAUUGGAAAAUAUUGUUUAUAUAUAUAUAUAUAACUAAAAAUAUGUAGUAAUACCUGCCUCAUGUAUAGUAAAAACAAAAAAAACUUUCUUUCAGGGGAAAUUCUAUCUGGAAGACCCCAGUGGUACAGUACAGCUGAACCUCUCGAAGGCAAUAUCCUUUCACUGUGGUGGGGAUGGUGAUGGACAGCGAAUGAUACAAAUGUUCAGUUACAUAAAGGAGCAGGGCCAAUUCAAGUCUGGAUUAUAGUCAAUGUUUAUUGUAUUUCAGAUCGUGCAUGUUUUCCUUAACCUUGUCCUCACCAGUUCCACAGCGGACUGUACACAGAAUCCUGCUUUGUUCUGGCAGAAGGUAAAAUAAUUGAUCUUCUUCAUCCACAUUAAUGGACAUCGAAGGAGAUUUACUAUUACCUUAUUAUGUUAUGCAAUGAGUUAGUAGUCUGGUCCUCUUUCCCCCCACAGGCUGGUAUGAGGACUCAGUCUUCCAUGUCAACGCAUUUGGAUUCCCGCCGACCGAGCCAUCAUCCACCACAAGGUCAGUAGAUUAGAGUGUUGCUAAUUGCUGACCUAUCAGUAUUGUAUUGAUUUAUAAAUGGACAUUGCCUACAUAAUGCCUUCUCCUCUGAAGAUCAAUAGGCCUACUGAGAAGGGAGCAAGUUCUUUUAAAUUCCAAUGUAUUGUUAUUAACUCUACAGUUGGCAUUUUAAAAUAUAUUUUCCUUUCCCCUGUGUGUGUGUGUGUAUAUAUAUAUAUAUAACAAAUAAAACUGAGGAUGAGAAUGGACUCUGGUUUUCAGAGCCUACUACGGCAACGUGAACUUCUUCGGUGGCCCGUCCACCACAUCGGUGAAGGCCUCGGCCAAGCUGAAGCAGCUGGAGGAGGAGAACGAGGACGCCAUGUUUGUGGUGGUCUCCGACGUGUGGCUGGACAGCGUGGAGGUGCUGGAGAAGAUCCACCUCAUGUUCUCAGGUUCGUCCCACAACUUCUCACUGACAGAAUAGGAGCUCAUAUGGGGGCUAUUUAACAGGUUACUGUAAAGCACUUUGUGACAACUGUUUAUGUAAAAAGGGCUUUAUAAAUACAAUUGGGUUGAUUGAUUGAUUCAAGCAUUUAUGCAAGUCGUAGGAUUAAUGUUGACAUUGAUGAUUAUUGUCAUGUGUUUGUCAUGUCCAUCUCUGACAGAUUUUGAAGUCUCCAUCAGUGUGCUCAAUAUCUAGCUCUACUGCUUAAUAGUAUGGUCUGAAACAACCUUUUCAUGUGUCCCAUUGUAGGAUACGCAGCCAUGCCUCCCACCUGCUUCAUCUUCUGCGGAAACUUCUCCUCUGCCCCCUAUGGAAAAACACAAAUCAAAUCACUCAAAGGUAAUUGUUUUUUUUUUAUUGCCCUGCUUGUGAAGAUAUACUGACCUGGCAAAUGGGUUAUGACAGAAGCAUUAGUACACACAAUUGAAGUAUUUUCAUUUUUCCCCCAGAGUCGUUGAAAGUUCUUGCUGAUGCAAUCUGUGAAUACCCCAGCAUCCACAACAGGUAACGUGUGAGGGAGAUAAUCCACUUGGUUGACCUGAAAGGAUGAUAUUCCAGGAAACCAUUUCAACAGUACUACAUCAUUAUAUCACUUGCAUCCCAGGGUUACAAACUGUUUUGGAAAUAUUCACCAUGCUGCAUUAUGGGUCUGGUCUUCUACUGGAAAUUGUUGUUUUGCUCAGUGGUUUGUUUACUUGUCUAACUGAAUGUAUCCUUUCAAAACUGCAGUAGUCGCUUCGUGUUCGUUCCCGGUCCCGAAGACCCAGGUCCCAGCACAAUUCUACCCAGGUGACAGUUGAAAAACGGAGACCUGUUAUUCCUCUGUUGUAUUGCUCAUGAUUUGACUAUUGUCCUCUGGUGUACUGUACUUUAUAGAAAUGCUUAUGUCCUCAGGCCUCCGUUAGCAGACCACAUCACGGAGGAGUUCAGACAGAGGGUGCCAUUCUCUGUGUUCACUACGAACCCAUGCAGGUGACGACUGAAAUAUAACAGUUGUUGAUUUAUUCUCUUUCAAGGAAUUUGUCUCUUGAGCUUUAUUAAAGGGAUACAUACAGUGCAUUUGGAAAGUAUUCAGACCCCUUGACUUUUUCCACAUUUUUUUUUACGUUACAGCCUUAUUCUAAAAUGGAUUACAUAAUUCCCCCCCUCAUCAAUCUACACACAAUACCCCAUAAUGACAAAGUAAAAAAACGUUUUUUAAAUGUUUUGCAAAUGUAUUACAAAAUUUAAGUGGAAAUAUCACAUUUACAUAAGUAUCCAGACCCUUUACUCAGUACUUUGUUGAAGCACCUUUGGCAACGAUUACAACAUUGCAUCUUCUUGGAUGGUGAACCUUCACCAUUGUCUGAGGUCCUGAGUGCUCUGGAGCAGGUUUUCAUCAAGGAUCUCUCUGUACUUUGCUCCGUUCAUCUUUCCCUCGAUCCUGACUAGUCUCCCAGUCCCUGCCACUGAAAAACAUCCCCACAGCAUGAUGCUGCCACCACCAUGCUUCACCGUAGGGAUGGUGCCAGGUUUCCUCCAGACGUGACGCUUGGCAUUCAGGCCAAAUAGUUAAAUCUUGGUUUCAUCAGACCAGAGUCCUUUAGGUGCCUUUUGGCAAACUCUAAGCAGGCUGUCAUGUGCCUUUUACAUUUUAGUCAUUUAGCAGACGCUCUUAUCCAGAGCGACUUACAGUUAGUGAGUGCAUACGUUAUUAUUUUUUUAUUUUUUCAUACUGGCCCCCCGUGGGAAUCGAACCCACAACCCUGGUGUUGCAAACGCCAUGCUCUACCAACUGAGCUACAUCCCUGCCGGCCAUUCCCUCCCAUACCCUGGAUGACGCUGGGCCAAUUGUGCGCCGCCCCACUGAGGAGUGGCUUCCGUCUGGCCACUCCGGGCUCCCGAGUGGCGCAGCGGUCUAAACACUACAUCUUAGUGCUAGAGGCGUCACUACAGACCCCCUGGUUCGAUUCCAGGCUGUAUCACAACCGGCCGUAAUUGGGAGUCCCAUAGGGCGGCGCACAAUUGGCCCAGCGGCGCACAAUUGGCCCAGCGUCGUCCGGGUUUGGCCGGGGUAGGCCGUCAUUGUAAAUAAGAAUUUGUUCUUAACUGACUUGCCUAGUUAAAUAAAGGUUAAAUAAAAACUCUAGCAGAAAGGCCUCAUUGGUGCUGCAGAGAUGGUUGUCCUUCUGGAAGGUUCUCCCAUCUCCACAUGUAUAAGGUCAAAGAGACAUAAAAAUAGUAUCCAGUCCAUCUGACUCUGGGGAAGUAGAUAAAGGGCUUCAUUGCCAAAAUCCCCAACUAGCCGUUUAAGUUCCUAUGAAGAAAUGAGCACUUAAUGGCUAAUAUGUAACAUUGUUCUCAAAUACAUUUUGCUAAAUUUGCUCAUUAUAACAAUCAGCGGAGGCUGCUGAGGAGGACAGCUCAUAAUAAUGGCUGGAACGGAGUGAGUGGAAUGGCAUCAAACACAUGAAAACCAUGUGUUUGAUGUAUUUGAUACCAUUCCACUAUUCUGCUCCAGCCAUUACCACGAGCCCAUCCACCACCAUUUAAGGUACCACCAACCUCCUGUGAUAACAAUUGACCAUUCUUUGACAGUUACAUUUCACAGGUUUUGUGAUGGCUUGUGGUCUUCGUUUUGCCUGUUUGCAGUGGCAUUUUGUAAAUGUCAUCUUUUAACAUCUCACAACCUGUGAAUCUAAUUUUCCUGUGUCAGAAUCCAGUACUUCAGCCAGGAGAUUGUUGUCAUCAGAGAAGACCUGGUGAACAAGAUGUGCAGGAAUUGUGUCCGACUGCCUAGCAGCAAUCUCGACAUUCCAAACCAUGUGAGUCUCAGCUGCUCAGUUAUGACACACACAACCUCUACUAGUACAAUUACCUACAUUAUAUAAACGUAUCUAGUUACCUUGGCCUAUAUUCACAAAGAGCCUCAGAGUAGGAUCCAGGAUCAGCCCCCCCCCCCCCCCCCGUUCAUAGAAAGGCUAAACUGAUCCUAGAAAUUAUGAACUAAAAGGCUAAAUUGAUCCUAGAUCAGAACUCCUACUCUGAGACACUGUGUGAAUACUUGUCCGGUAAUUUAAUGUAUUCUUCAUGAAUGAUAACGACAUGAAAAUGUCUUGACAAUCACCCCAUACAUUCUCUGUCUCCAGUUUGUGAAGACCAUCUUGUCUCAGGGCCACCUGACACCACUGCCGUUGUAUGUCAGUCCAGUGUUCUGGGCCUAUGACUACGCUUUACGGGUUUACCCCGUGCCUGAUGUCAUCAUCUUUGCGGACAAAUAUGACCCUUUCAACAUCUCCAACACAGACUGCCUCUGCAUCAACCCGGUACUUUACGCUUAUUCCUAGAUUUCCACCAUUUUGUUUUAUUAUGAGACUGUAUGAAAUGUUGGACUUGGGUUUUAAACUAUUAUGAUGAGCUCUUAUAUUCCUAAUUUAGAAAGUUUUUUUUUAAAUGUAUUGUAUCGUCAUUCUGUUCUUGCAGGGCUCCUUCCCAAAAAGUGGCUUCACUUUUAAGGUAUAUUACCCAUCCAACAGGACCGUUGAGGACAGGUGAGACAUGUUAUUUGCUCUGUGUUUAUGCAGGCUUUACACCUAUUUAACUUGGUGAUAAUAAUUAAUUUACUGGCAAUAUGGUAACUAUAGUAUAUUGAGAAUCAAUUUGGUUUCUAUGUCGGUCUUCAUUUCUCUUUGCUGAUCUAAAUAUUCCUUAUUUUUCCUCACAGCAAACUUCAAAGCCUCUAAAGACCAUUAGGAUGAUUCUGGACUGGGGGAUUGGCUGUUAUGGCUGUUAUGGUUGUGUAAAAUGUUUUUGUAAAAUAUGUCUAAAAAUACUUUUGCUAAAUCCCUUUGUAUUUUAUAAAGGUUUACUGUCAUUGAAUUGUCAUCUUUGUGUUUUUUUUACUUGACUGGUGAAUAUUGGACAAUAAAGC